AUGAACAAUGUUGGCGAGAUCUCUCGGAAGAGCGGCCUGGACAACUCGAAGCUUGAAGAAAACCCGGCUCCGAGGCUUUGUAUCAUGCCUGACUGUGUAGAAGAGUGUGAAGAAAUCAAGAAGGCCGCCUCAAAUAUUGUGGGGGUUCACGUCGGCUUGGAACAAAGCCAGACGAGCAGCUGCAGUGAAGCUCCUCUCUCCAGCAAGGAUACCUCAACGAGUUCCCUGCAGUGCCACUUUGCCCGUCUAAAGCAGCAAAUGGCCAGGCAGAAGGCAGAGUAUGAAGCUAAGCUUACAAGCCUGGAGCAGCGGAACAAAGAACUGCAGUUAGAGAUUAAGGAUCUGCAUUCAAAACUGGGUCAGCAACGGAAGUGGUAUCAUUUGGUAGAAAUUAAAAUACGCAGUGCAGAAAGAGCUCGGGAAGAUGCAGAGAGAAGAAAUGCGACUCUCCAGAGGGAAAUGGAACAGUUUUUUGAUACUUUUGGAGAAUUAACAAAUGAACUAAAGGCACCCGAGCGAAAUGCUCAGAGUUUUUAG